UGAGUGUGUUGGUGUUUGCAGAGGUCUGCUGUCUUUCAGACCUUGUGGGUUCUUGGAAUGAGAGCAGCAGAAUGGCGUGUCGUGCACGAGAGAGCGCGUGGAGGGGCUGAGAGAUGCUGUGAAUAUGAUUGAAAGGGGUCUCCUGUGCGCGUUACUUGUUGACUUAGAGAGCUUCACUGGAAGCGCAGAGCGGAUCAUCGGAGAAGCCAUUAACACGACGUGAUCACCAGCCGUCCUUCAAGCUUUCUCAAGAACACUAGUUCAUUUAUGAACGUCGAGACAGAGGAUUCUUAUUAUAUACCGACUGCAUAUAAACUCCAUUGUUGUUUAAAGCCCCAGUUAAAAGUAACUUUAAGACGUUUAUUUACAGUUCGACGCCAGGGCACAGGAGUGAAACGUGUAGCAGACUGCAGUCGCCGUUUGCAGGUGCUUUCUGGAACCAGCAUUGCAAGAGGAACUCUGUGACAGCAUGGAGGACGAGCUAGCAGAAGUGGAGAUGUUGCAGGAGCUUUCCACGCUCAAUUUGAACAGCAGUCUCCUGAAUGCUUACGCAAACCACAGUAAUGUCACCAACCACACGAGUAUCACCUACUACCCAUAUUACCAGCACUCUCUGUCUGUUGCCGCCACCCUGACGACGGCCUACCUCUUCAUCUUCCUGUUGUGCAUGGUGGGAAAUGGCUUGGUAUGUCUGAUUGUGCUGAAGAAUCGGCAGAUGAGAACGGUCACGAACCUCUUCAUCCUCAACCUGGCCGUUAGUGACCUUCUGGUGGGCGUCUUCUGUAUCCCAACAACCCUGGUGGACAACCUCAUUACAGGUUGGCCUUUCACAAACACAGUCUGUAAGAUGAGUGGUCUGGUUCAGGGUAUGUCUGUGUCUGCCUCUGUGUUUACACUGGUGGCCAUUGCAGUGGACAGGUUCCGUUGCAUUGUGUACCCUUUCCAACCUAAACUCACCCUACUGGUUGCUAAGGUGACCAUAGUGAUGAUCUGGGUGCUUGCGGUGGUGAUUAUGUGCCCAUCAGCUGUGAUGUUGACUGUGGAGAGAGUGGAGCAUCAUUACAUGGUCCACAAUGAAGACUACAACCACACAUACAUACUUUUCUCAUGCUUCGAGAACUGGGCCAACCCACAGAUGAGGAAAGUCUACACCACCGUCCUGUUUGCACACAUUUACCUGAUCCCCCUCACCAUGAUCACGCUCAUGUAUGGACGUAUCGGGAUCAAACUCUACACCACCUCUGUGAUCUCUGGGAACGAUCAGCACGAAAGUGGACAGUCCAACACCUCCCCUCCGGGUCCUGGAGCCCAGCACAAAGGUCGGCCCCUUAUUUCCCAAAAGAAGAUCAAAGUGAUCAAGAUGCUGAGCGUCGUGGCUCUGUUAUUCACACUCUCCUGGCUGCCUCUGUGGACCCUGAUGCUCCUCACGGACUACGGAGGUCUGGACGAAGACGACUUGGAGAUGCUCAGCGGCUACGUGUUCCCAUUCGCUCACUGGUUGGCCUUCUCAAACUCUAGCGUCAAUCCAAUCAUCUACGGAUACUACAAUGAGAACUUCAAGAGGAGCUUUCAGGCGGUGUGCAGUACGCAUUCGUGCUGCUGCGAGGGAAUGUCUGUGAAGAGAGGAAUGCAACGGAAAGCAGGAGGAGGCGUAAGGGAUACUGCGGUCAACUCCAAUCCCCUGAAUUUCGGUGCGAGGAACCGGGUCUACAAUGAUGGCGAUCUGAAGAACUCCGGGACGUGUCUGGAGUUGGAGCACAGGAGAACUGGCCGGCUUUGUAAUAACUCGGCCUGCUCCAAUGACACGGGAUCCAGUGCGGGAUCUGGGAUAAAAGUGGCAAACCAAAAAGUCUUUCAGAUGGAGGAGCCAGAGAGUCCUAUCAGAGGGGGUAAAAACCAAGCCUGGGAUGAAUAGAUGGAUUAUUUGUGGGCGGUUGAGACUCCAUAGAUCUUUAAUCUGUGAUCUUUAAAGUGAGAUGUGAAAAGUGAGAUCAUUAGAUCAAGUCAGGACUAAUCUCAUCAGAUUAGUUCAUGUGAAAACACUUGAAACACUCAAAGGCUGAAUUAACUUGUUUUUGGACUCAAAAUUCUGUAAAGUGCAAACGAGAGCAACGUUAAAGGAGGUUGAAGUCACAUAUUGUAAAGCAUUUGUUUACCAACUUUAGCUUUUCAACAGAAUUUCAUUUGCAAUUAAAAGAUUUUAAUUCACCAAAUUCAGGCAACAACAACAAAAAAAAAGGUAUAUAUUUAAAAUAAGCAUGUAGACUCAGUUUCAAACAUUUUAAUCUUGUAUAAAACAUUUCUGAUGUUUAAGCCUGACAGUUUUUUGUUGUUUUUUUCAGAUCAGGCAAAAAGCUGCAAUCACUAAAUUGGCCGUGUUUAUCUUUUUUCAAGACGGUAAUAUUGCACACUUGCACAAAUGUGUCCUGAAAUCAGCAUUGUAUUUUGUAUAUUAUAUUUGUGUAUGUCCUUUAUUAUGUAAAUUAGUGAUUUUAUCACUGUUGUGAAAACAAUUGGAGUGAACACAUACAGUUAAUACCAAAGGGGAAAGAUGCCAUAUGUCAUUUUUGAGAUAGCUACUGUUGUUCACUAUGAGAGAAAACAGAACAGCUGGGUGGCGAAGAUGCGAAGAAUAAGCACAAUCCGUGACUAUGACUCAAAUGUUUGUAUUUUAGUGUUCACUGUGUUUUUUCUGACUGUGGCUUUAAGAUGGCUUAUGUAAAGUCUGGCUUUGUACCUGGAGUCUAAUUAUAUACUUAAUGCUGUAUAGCGAGAUUAAUGUAAAUGGACUGUAAAGUGAAUGAAUAUGAUCAAUUCAGUCCAUUAUCUCUAUAAGGAGGAGUUUUUCCUCCAUUCUACAAGUGUUAAUGUGUAAACCUUAAAAGUGUAAAAGUGAACAGUUUUCUUGGGCUGAGAGACUGGGCGUCAUAAUUUGCACCUGGUCCAUUGAGAAUGGUCACACAUACACCUAGUUUAUAUUUUUAUGAUAGUAAGUCAAACACAGGCCCAGCGACUUCUUUCAUUGAAAAAAAAAAACAUUUAAAAAUCUUGAAAUGACCCCAAAGAACAGAGAAAAAAAGAGCUCAUUAACACUUGUCAGGAAGGACAUAUUUUGUAUCUAUAACAUCGAACCGUUCCUUACCUGCAAACUGCAAGCUGUACGCUAGUAUGUCUAAAUGAUCUUUUAUGACAUAAUUAUCAUCUUUUUUUAUACACAAUUGGGCCCACCUUGGGCCUUGAAGGUAUUUUAAUGGCUUUUAUUAAUUUCAUGACAUUGGGAAACUGAAUUGAACUGAAUCAGAAAUACAGAAAUGUCUUCUUUUUUUUUAUUAGAAAGUGUCCAGCUUUGCUCAAUUGCUACCAGGUAUGAGUACAUUAAUGACAAGAAAAUAAAGCUUAUUUUUAUAUACAAAUAUUUUCUCAACAAGCUCAAAUAAGAAAGUUCAAGUGUUUGUAGAGUAAGAAUGCGUUGAAUGAAAUCACAACAUUCACUUCAAAUCAGGUUUCUCUCAAUGGGGGCCCAUUAAAUGUCCUUAAUGAGUUUUGCCCGCGUCAUCUGUUCGCUGCUUUAAUAUGGAUUUCUAUUUGGAGAAUUACACAGAUUAUGCCACUCAAUUUAAUAAUAAUUGCACAUCAUCUCUUGACUACUCUAGAAUAUAAAAAACUCCCUAUAUAACUCCUAUAUAAAAACUCCUAUAUAAAAAAACUG